CACUGUUGUUUUAAUGGAGCCCUGGCUGUCCCCUACAUUCAAAACAGAUAUCAGCAUUGACCAGAAAAAUCAAGGAAAAUAUCUCUACUGUCAAGGGAUCUAUCCGGGUGUAAUUUGUGGGUUAUUUCCGGUUUUAAACGCGACAUUAUGUUUAGCUGGUUGGCUUUCAGGCACACAGGCUACCGUUCAGCUGGUAAUGUAUUUUUCACAGCAUUUGUAAUCGGAUGUGUCAUUAUCAGCGAACAGACCCUUUCGCGUUGACUAUGUCAACCGCAUGACAGUGGUGUUUAUUUUGACACCUUCGUUGGCGUAAAAAAAGCUAAGUGCUCUCCGGGGUCGCAGCAAUGGCUACGGCACUGAGUUGCUUCAGUGGUCCCGAGGUGUUGGAGAACGUGAAUCACGCUCGGGGUUUGAUGGACGAGUUGAAAUUACUGUACGACUGCCGGCUGCUCGGGGACGUUACUAUCGCGGUUGAGAGUGAAGAGGAGUCGCUGGAGCUCAUCGGGGAGGCACCCAGGGGUGACAUUGACCAACUUUUCCUGUGCAGCCGCAACGUCCUCGCCGCCGCAAGCCCGUACUUCAAGAGCAUGUUCACCGGGGGGUUAAAUGAGAGCAUGCAGCAGAGAGUGGUAAUCCGCGGAGUCGACUCUGAGUCCAUGUCUGUUAUCAUCGACUAUUGUUACACGGGCAGGGCGACCAUCACGGAGAGCAACGUCCAGAGGCUGUACGCAGCUUCCAACAUGCUCCAGCUUGAGUACAUCAGGAAAGCUUGCUCCAGCUUCAUGACAAGGAGGCUGGACCUCUCAAACUGUGUGGGGAUACUGAAAUUUGCAGACACCUAUGACAAUCCUGAGUUAAAGGAGAAUGCACAAGCCUUCAUAGCCAGGAAUUUCAGCCAGGUGUGCAAUGGAGGGGAGCUAUGUGAGUUGGAUCUGCUGCAGCUGAAGGAGAUGUUGUCUUUGGACACUUUGGAUGUGGACUGUGAGAGGAAGGUAUGUUCAGCUGCCUUGCAGUGGAUAGAGGCGAAUGCACCGCAGAAAAGAGAGGAUGCACUGCAGGUUUUGAAGUGUGUGCGCUGGAACUUGUUUACAGAGAAAGACAAGUGUUACCUGGAGGGCCUCAUGGCCAGGCCUUUAAUAGACAAAUACCUUGCAUCUUUCUUCAACAGGUCUGCAGAGGACAGCUGUGGAAUGUCUGCAACUCUGGACACACCAAAACAUAGAAUAGGUGUAAGCGCAAAAGAAAUGAUUCUCUUCUUUGGCCUACCCAAUGACAACAUAAUGUGCUGUGACCCUUACUCAGAGGACCUGUACUUCAUGGCUCCUCCUUUAGAGGACCUCAGCAGUCAGGAUUACAAACGAUCCACCAUGGAAUCCUUAAUCUCCUGUGCAACACCUGAAAACAACUUGUACCUUGCCUCCCACCUGUCUAAACACUUCUGGCUGUACAACCCUGUGCUCAACAGCUGGCAGGAGUUGGCAGAGAGGCUGCUGGGGAGGAUACACUCUGGGAUGGGCUACCUAAACGGCCAUGUGUACCUUCUGGGAGGGAGAAAUCCAGUGACGGACGCCAGACUGAAGGAGGUGGAGUGUUACAGCGUCCAGAGGGAUCAGUGGACGUUUGUGGCUCCUUUGCCUCAUUCUUUAGGUAAAAUGCAGGUGGUGGCACUAAACGACCACCUGUAUGUGGUGAACAAAAGGAGAAUGCUCUGCUAUGAUCCUAGGAGGAACCGCUGGCGCCACUGCGGCUCACUGAGAAGGGACAAGCUUCACAAGGCUUGCGUGUAUCAGGACCAGAUCGUCUGUGUGUGUGACAUCCCUGUGGUGAGAGCUUACAGCCCCACCAGAGGGGAGUGGAGGAGGCUGGGUGACAUUCCCAUUGACAGCCGUGCUUUAAAUUACCAGGUGAUCCAGCACAACAACAAGCUGCUCCUCCUCACUCAGACUUUACUGCAGCACAACAAAAACAGGGUCCUCAUUCAUGAAUACGAUCCAGCCAGGGACACUUGGAAAAACAUCAUGGCAGUGUAUGUGUCCACCCUGGGGCCCGUGUGUGUUUCAACACGCGUGUACCCGGCAUGCCUCGGCUCUGCUCACAGCUUCUCAACAGAAGAGGACGAUGACAGUGGCUCCAGUGCUGACUGGGACUUUGAUGGGUUGACGGACGCGGACUCGGACUCUGGCAGCUCUAGCUCCUUCUCAGAUGAGAACUGGUAGAUAAAUGCUGUGUCAAAGACAGCUUUAACUUAUUUAUAAAUAAAUGGAUUUUUACAGGGUUCAGUCUGCCAGGAGAGGUCACAGAUGCGGAUUAUAUUCAGUAUUAAAGCCAGCCAUUUACAAGUUCAUCCAAAUCUUUACUUCACACGGACAUACAGAUCUCUUCACCAGUCUGGCUCAUGAUUAUUUACUGAAGGAGAGAAGAAAUGAAGCAGAGUUGGUUCCAGGAAGGCCAAGAGACAAGGGCUUUGUUGUUCAACUUAUAUCAUGUGCUGGCAGCAUAAAGGACAGCAAUGCUGUCUGGUACAGUAGAGUAUUUUCAACACAACCCAAGAGAAAAAUUUGAUAGAAACAUAACUUUUCAGCAGCAAUAAGUUCCCAUGUACAGUCAUUAUUCAACGCAUUAAUUAGGGAAGCUGAAUGAAGCUGGUGAGAGAGACUUAACAAAUAAUGGUUAAAAAAAAAUAAAUCAGGGCAGCAGAGGCUGUUAAAUCCUGACUUUCUGUCUUUAUGACACAACCUACACCUCCCAUAAUGUAGUGGUUUGCCUUUGCAGGGUAGAUGCACAAGAAUAAAAGAAAUAUUUAGAAAAUGUAUAUACCUUUUCACAGCAGUGAUGUUUUAACUUUUCAAACACAGGUGUUACUAAUAAAGUAAUUAACUGCCGACACAUCGUUAAUGUUAUUACUUCCACCUGCCAUGAUAAGUCAAAAUGUCAGCUGUGGCCAAGGUCUGUGAAUCUAAUCAAGAGUGCUCUGAUGGUGCCAAGGCUUCCAAGAUCCUUAAGGAAGCAAAGAGAAAUGAAAAGAAAUACUGGUGAUGCUCUUCAAACAAAAACAUCAGUCAAAUCCAGUAAUUCAAACAUGCCUAUCCUGCUCUUGACUUCACAUUAAAUAUAGCAGGGGAGUGUUGUGUCUUUUGUGUGUAUAACACCUCUGUCUGCUACAUUUCUUUUUCAUUUUCUGCCACUAGGGUUCUCUAAUAGGUUUCUCCAAU